AUGGAACAUAAUAGAGAUUAUUAUUACGAUAUUAGUAAGUGGUAUCUGAUGUUAGUCGGCCAAUGGCCUUAUCAGAAGUUAAAAGAAAGUUUGUCUUUCUUGAUUUUUAUACUCCUUCUUGAUGCUUCUGCACUUGUCACACAGAUAGCAAAAUUUGUCGUAUGCGAUAACGCGCAGUGUAUUUAUGAAACUUUACCACCACAUAUGUUGACAGUGAUGAUUCUGGUGAAAAUUUUCACAUAUCAAUUUAACAGCCGAAAAAUUAAAGAUCUCACAGAUCGCUUAUUCGUAGACUGGGAUAUGCUCGAAACUGUGGAAGAACACAACAUUAUGAGAAAAUAUGCUCAAAACGGCAGAUGCAAAUUUGCAAAACUUCUCGAAGAUACCUUUUCGAUAUCGUUUGCUGUGCAACUCUUGAUCGUUACAAUUGGCUUGAGCAUUACCUUAGUACAACUGUCGAUGCAGUUACAUGACUUAGCAGAAGCAAUGAGAUAUUUCGUCUUUAUUAUUGCUCAAUUGUUUCAUUUGUUCUGCUUAAGCUUCCAAGGACAAAAACUGAUCAGUCAUAGCCUCGAAACUUGCGACAAAAUAUUUCGAGGUUCGUGGUUUACAAUACCCGUGAAGGAACAAAAACUGCUCAUGUUUGUGAUGAGAAAAAGUAUCGAAGCUAAUGUCUUAACCGCUGGAAAGAUUUACGUAUUUUCCCUAGAAAAUUUUACAGCGGUCGUGCAAAGUUCGAUGUCGUACUUUACGUUACUAUCGUCCUUCGACAUGUCAUGAUCGAUACCUAACGAUUAUGACAGCAUGUAGUAAAAUAUC